UAAAUUUUGGGCCGAAGUAUUUGUUCGCUCAAACGACGCAGCAUUGCGGCGAGAGGACGGAGAUGGAUGGUAGCAGGAGGAAAGGCUACGCCUGGGCAAUCUCAGCCGGUUUCAACGCUGCGUUCGCUGCCGUUUCAGCUAAGCUCUUUUUACCUCCGUUGCUUAGGUACGGUCUGAUCUUAAUUUUCAACGUCAUAAUGUGGGGAUGUUACGUCAACAGCUUGAAAGCUCUUUCAUCUCUUCAAGCUACAGUUACGAAUUUUGCUACUAAUUUCCUCACUUCUGGUAUUGCUGGCUUCUUCUUGUUCGACGAACUGUUGUCGUUUAAGUGGUUUGCAGGUGCCCUGUUCAUUGUACUUGGUGUACUUAUCCUCGGCAAGUCAAGUGUAGAGACGAAAGCAAACAUUGAUUAGAGCUUCCGUUAGUGGUGCUACGUUUACACUGCUUUCAUACUUUUGAUGGUAUCUAAUCUCAGGCGUAGUUAUAGCUUUUAGGUUCUUUUGGAUGGAAAAGUAUUUGAAAAUUUGUUUUAGACAAUCUUUUUCAGUCAUCAACUACCAAAUUGUCGGUGCUAGGUGUUUCCCGUCCUCGCUAUGUGUUUUUAAAACAACCAAAGAGAUGCUUGCAGUUUUAGCACUAAUCAUAAUCAAUUGGAUUUGUGAUUUUCAUCCUGUUCUUUUGUAUUUAUCUGGAUAUAUGACCUAUUAAGUCAGUUAUGGACUAUCGAACUAAGCUGGAGAUUUGUGAUAAUCACAGAUUUGGUUGUAUUUGUUUCCAUCAAGAUCUUAAUAUUGGAUCCUUGAGUCUAUGUUCCUUGAUGAAUUACGAUACAAUUGCAGCAAACAUGAAUCCAAGGAAUAGCAGUGAAGUUCAUUGAUUGUGGGACUUUGCAUUGGUCUCCAUUCCACAAUGAGGAGAUCAAAGGGUUUGAGAGGUUAUACAGUUUUCUUCCAACUCUUUUACAACGCAAGUUCCUGUGUAGUUCUUAUGCAUUUGCUUCUGCUGAAUUCAAGUUGAAUUAAUUGAUACAGCUCAUGCUUAUAACUAUUUAUAAUUUGCCUUGUCGUUUGAUUGUCAUGAUUAUAGACAAAAAGGAAAGUUGAGAACAGGGAAUUUUACAAGCUAUGUACGAUGCAUUGUUGACAAAUCAUUGUAAAGCAAUGCUCUGUUAUCUUUCUCUUCAAUACUGGUAGUUAUACUUUGAGCAGAGAGAGUCUCUGAUCUGAGUCAGCAGAAUACCGUUCAUUUUCAUAACAAAAUCUGCUUUGUUGAUUUUCUUAAAUACUAUA